AUGGGAGAGGAAAGCAAAGUAGUUCUGCACGGAAUGUGGUCUAGCCCAUUUGUGAAGAGAGUGGAAUUGGCUAUGAAAAUCAAAGGCAUACCCUUUGAGUACGUUGAAGAGGAAUUGAGCAACAAGAGUCCAUUGAUCCUCAAAUACAAUCCAGUGCACAAAAAGGUCCCUAUUCUUGUCCAUAAUGGAAAACCAGUAUGUGAAUCACUCCUUAUUCUUGAAUACAUUGAUGAAACCUGGCCAAGUGGACCUCAACUCCUGCCUAAGGAUCCAUAUCAAAGAGCCAAAGUUCGUUUUUGGGCUGCUUACAUCCAACAGCUACUAACGAGUAUGGCCAGACUCUUCAAUGAUGGCAAGGAAGCACAGGGGAAAGCCCUUGAAGAAGUGCAUGAGAAGCUAAGAAAUUUAGAAGAUGGGGUGAAGGAAUUCUACUUUCCUGAGGGAAGCAUUAGCCCUGAUCAUGUACUUGCUGAAAAGUUGGGGAUCCUAGAUAUUAUGAUGUCUGCAACCCUAGGUCCCUUCAAGGCACAUGAAGAAGCUUUUAAUGUGAAGAUUUUAGAUCCUGAGAAGAAUCCACUCAUAUUCUCAUGGGUUCAAGCUCUAAUUCAGCUGCCUGUGGUGAAGCAAACUGCCCCUCCUCAUGACAACUAUGUUGGGCUUCUUCAGUUUCUAAAACAAAGUGGCUUCAAAUUCUAA